AUGAAUAAUAUCCAAGACGGACUCACAGCUGAGGCGAAAGCCAACAUGCUAGCCAAUCUCCAAAUCGAAAUCGAUUCGCGAAAAGAGAAGCUGCGAGCGCAGUACGAUGCACAAUGCGCCAGCAUGCAGUCGCGUCUUGAGCGACGCGUCAACCGUAUACCGACCGUGACGCGCCAGACCACGCUACUCGACCUUCUCAAGGCAUCAGCGCCAGCACAACCAGUCGCUGUGCCUGCUCCUACAGCCAAGGUUGUGGCCCCUAAGAAGACAUCUGCGCCUGCGCCUGCACCUGCACCUGCCGCACGCAAGACGCGCAACGCUGUUCCCACAAAUCCCAGUUCAUCUGCCGCGGCAACCUCUUCACCAGACAAUAGGCGCAUCAAGCCUGUCCCAAAAUCUACCAAGCCCACUCCAGCCUACGCGAAAGCGACGAAGGGUACACGCGCCAAAAAGCGCAGUAGCGACGAGAUGUCAGGAACAGACAAGGAAAACGCACAGCUUCCUGUGCCCAAAAAGCGUACAAGGACAGUAGCGCAGAAGCCACCACCCGCAGCAGCGCCUGCAACGCGUGCAACUCGCGCAGCUUCCCGGACAAAGACUUCGACAUCCCAAGUACUGUCGCCAAAAACCAACUCCGCCAACGUCAAGAAGCCAGCUGCGCGUAGCGCCCGUCCGAGGUAG